AUGAAAUUCGUUCGUGCUGCUGCAGUGGCACUGCCAGUGUUGGUGGCGCAUGCUGCGCCCCUUGCUGAGCCUACUUGCAAGGAUACAGACGUUUUGAUUCUUGGAGCUGGAGUAGCCGGUCUUACCGCCGCUCAAACCCUCUUAGACAACGGCGUCAAUGAUUUCAUAGUUCAUGGACCUGGAAGGCCAGAAACCGGCAAUGUUAAUCCCAUUUGGACUAUGGUUGAAAGGGCGAAGUUGAAUAAUGUUAAAACCGAGAAUGAGGAUAGGGUCGUGUACCCUGAAAAAAGCAGAGAUGCUGUCCAAGCUGCCCUAGAGGAAGCUGAGACCGCUACUGGAAAUGAUCGGUCCUUCCGGGCCGGUCAACGCCUUCAGCACUGGGAUCCGGCAAAGACCGAUCCAGCCGGACAGCUGGCCGACUGGUGGGCCUGGGAUUGGGAGGCUGCAUCGCCGCCAGAGGAGAAUUCAGAAGUUUUCGGCGCUAUCUCCACGAUCGCUACCUAUGAUUACUUCUCAAAGGGUGACUAUUUCGUCUGCGAUGAUCACGGAUACGUUUCUGCUUUGCGGAACAAUGUGAGCGACGUUCUCAACAAGCAUGCAGAUCGUGUUCUCUUCAAUCACAAAGUGACCGACAUCAAGCACGAUUUGGACGGGGUCACUGUGACUAGCGACCAGGAAUGCUUCAAAGCUAAAUAUGCCAUUGUGACCUUCUCCCUGGGAGUUUUGCAGAGAGGAAGAGUAAACUUUGACCCGCCACUUCCACCUUGGAAAGCCCAGAGCAUAGCUGGCUUCGAAAUAGGCACAUACACCAAGAUUUUCCUCAAGUUCAAGAGCAGUUUCUGGGACAAAACGCAAUUCCUUCUGUGGGCAGAUCCUCAUGUUCGCGGCAAUUACCCCGUAUUCCAGCCAUUGGACAUUCCCGGGUUGUAUAAGGACUCUAACAUUCUUGUGGCCACGGUGACCGGAGAGCGUUCUUACCGCGUCGAGUCACAGACAAACGAGGAGACGGCGCAGGAGCUCCUUGAGGUGCUGAAGAACAUGUAUGGUGAUAAGGUUUCCGAAUUGGAAGAAAUAUACUAUCCGAGAUGGUCUACGGAAGAUUGGUCCUACGGAUCCUACUCGUACUGGCCACCAUCGACCAGUUUACAAGAACAUCAGAAUCUCCGCGCUAAUGUCGACAGCGUCUUCUUUGCCGGUGAAGCCACCAGCCAGGAGUUCUUUGGCUACCUGCACGGGGCCUAUUAUGAGGGCAAACACGUGGCCGAAUUCCUGGCUCCCUGCAUCAGGCUGGGCCAGCAAGGGUGUAAACAAACGAAUUACGACGUGCUGACAGGAGUUACGCCGUAUGACUUGUAUAAUCCAGUCAAUGGCUGGUAUAUCUACAAUGAAACCCUUGGCGUACCUGGCCAUGACUGA